AUGUCCGGAAGAAACCAUUCAUACAAUGAUCAAUACACAUAUGAUUCCAAGCUUUAUGCAUCAGUAACACCGGCAACGGAUAAUUCUCUACAGCAACCAAUUCACCAAUCUCACCAAUAUCAACAUUAUAAUAAUAAUAUUGAUAGUAAAUACACAAAUUAUCCAACAUCAACAAAUAAAACCUAUCAACAAAACAGUUAUAAUUAUUCUUCUCCUCCAUCUUUUAACAAUUACUAUUAUCAUCAACCACCUACAGGUCCAGCAUCAACGUCAAAAAUGUCAAUUGCGCCUAAAACAACAGUAGAAGCAUUACCAUCAGUAACAGGUAAUAGUAAUUCUACUGCAUUUAAUAAUAAUAAAUAUUUUUUUUCUCCAAGUAAACUAAGUAAUAGUGUUGGUGGAAUGGGGAAAAAUAAUUUUAAUCAAAAACAUAAUAGUUCAAUGAAAGAUGAAACCAUUGAUUUUAAACAAAAAACAAUAGUUAGAGCAGCAGGAGGAGAAGUUUGGGAGGAUUCUACAUUGUUAGAAUGGGAUUCUAAUGAUUUUAGAUUAUUUUGCGGAGAUCUUGGUAAUGAGUUUAAAGAUGCGGAUGAAUUUGUCAAAGCAUGGAAAGAAAUGAAUGGUAAAUAUGUUGGAAACAGACCAAUUAAAUUGAGAAAAAGUAAUUGGAAAGAUAGAAAUUUUGAUGCCAAAUCAAAGAAACAUCAUCCUUAUUAA